UGACUGGCAGCCCAAGUUAUCUGCUGCAUUUAACACCACAUUAUUCCCCCCUAUCGGACGUGCGAACUGACAGAGCACCGUCAGUCGGCAUUAAAGCAGCGAGCCCGUCGCCAGGGGCACCCAUACGGUGGAUGUAACUUCAAGGCAAACUUACCAACAGAACCCAGUUCUAUCUGUGAUUUGGACCAAGACCUGACGCACACGACACACCCCCGGGCCUCCUUCACUAGACCCCAGCCACCAUGUCCUAGCCAACAGACGAUCUUCCCCCUGCCCCCCAUCCCUCCAUUCAACCUGUCCCCUCAACCCCGGCCCCCCUCCCUGUCCUCUGCCUACCCCACUGAUGCUGUAAGUGCUGUUUUCACCGGUCCCGGCAGCAGCAGUGGCGGUGGUGCCCCCUCUGGCAUGAUGAGCAGCCUAUGGCAUCACCACUCCCACCAGCAGCAGCAUCACAGCGGCGGUGGUUCAGGCUCGGAGCGAGACCUCCACUCAGCCGCCUCCUCUGUCAGCCUACCCUCAGUAAGGAAGACCCCCAAGAAACGCCGUCUCUCCCUCCACUCACUCUUUGGGCGGCGCUGGCGGCCCGACCGCGAAUCCAAACGCAGGUCACGGGCCCUCCAGGCCACGGCCGGAGUGGACGGCAUUGCCAGCGCCGAGAGCGUUCAGCUAGAGGCAUGCCAGGAUAAAAGCUCUGCCUCCACUGCUCCCGGUGUGGCGGCAGCCAUGGCCUCGACGUCCUCCUUAUCCGCAUCGGGGUCUACGUUGUCAGACCUGCUGGAGUGCCCGCUUUGCCUGCUACGCCACACACGUGACUGCUUCCCUGAAAUCAUGACGUGCCACCACCGCUCGUGCGCCGACUGCUUGCGCCAGUACCUGCGCAUCGAGAUCUCAGAGUCACGUGUGAACAUCAGCUGCCCCGAGUGCUCGGAGCGCUUCAACCCCCACGACAUCCGGGUCAUCCUAGGCGACCGGGCCCUCAUGGAAAAGUACGAGGAGUUCAUGUUGAGGAGGUGGCUGGUGGCUGACCCCGACUGUCGCUGGUGCCCUGCCCCCGACUGCGGAUAUGCGGUCAUCGCCUUCGGCUGUGCCAGCUGUCCAAAGAUCACGUGCGGGCGCGAGGGAUGCGGGACGGAGUUCUGUUAUCACUGCAAGCAGCUUUGGCACCCCAACCAGACGUGUGACACUGCCCGGCAGCAGCGGGCCCAGUCGCUCCGGCUGAGGAGUUUUAGGUCGUCGUCCCUCAGCUACAGUCAGGAGAGCGGAGCCGCAGCUGAUGACAUCAAGCCUUGCCCGCGCUGCGCCGCAUACAUCAUCAAGAUGAAUGAUGGCAGCUGUAACCACAUGACCUGUGCCGUGUGCGGCUGUGAGUUCUGCUGGCUGUGCAUGAAGGAGAUCUCCGACCUGCACUAUCUGAGUCCAUCGGGCUGCACGUUCUGGGGGAAGAAGCCAUGGAGCAGAAAAAAGAAGAUCCUUUGGCAGCUGGGCACGCUGGUGGGCGCCCCUGUGGGCAUCGCCCUCAUUGCUGGCAUUGCUAUACCCGCCAUGAUCAUUGGCAUCCCCGUCUAUGUGGGCAGGAAGAUACAUAAUCGCUACGAAGGCAAGGACAUUUCCAGACACAAGAGGAACCUGGUGAUAGCUGGCGGCGUGACGCUGUCUGUGAUCGUGUCGCCAGUGGUGGCUGCCGUCACUGUUGGUAUUGGUGUGCCCAUCAUGUUGGCAUAUGUCUAUGGGGUUGUCCCAAUCUCACUGUGCCGGAGUGGUGGCUGUGGUGUGUCUGCCGGUAAUGGCAAAGGGGUCCGAAUUGAGUUUGAUGAUGAAAACGAGAACGUGGGCAGUGGGACAGCUGGCACUGAUACUACCUCAGUGGCAGACACGCGCCUCAACAACCCCAGCCUGGGGGACGGGGCCAGUGUGGGCGGCCUGACGGGCCUGAGCCUCAGUGCCAGUGGUUGCCACAUGGAACGUUGUGGCAUGGGCUCCAUGCAGCGGGACAACCUGAGCGAUGACGCCAGCACCACAGCGCUGGCCGGGGCCAGCAUUACCGGCAGCCUGUCUGGCAGUUGCUACAACAGGUUGGAGGUGCAGGCUGAUGUCCAGAAGGAGCAGUGUAGUUUGAGUGGCGAGUCGGCCACCGUCAGCCUGGGGACAAUCAGCGACAAUGCUAGCACCAAAGCCAUGGCUGGAUCCAUUCUUAAUGCCUACAUGCCUCUGGACAGGGACAGCAGUCUGGAGGUGCAGGCAGAUGUGGAGUCCAAACAGGAGAAAGUAAGGCACUGCAGUGCCAGCAGCAGCCUGGAUGAACCCAGCUGUAGCGGUAGGGUUGCUGGCCUCCAGGGCCAUGGCGAUGGCCCGUGUCCAUCCAUCUGUUGCUGCCCACAUCACACCGAUGGCCACUGCUGCUCCUCAUCUCGCUGGUCCAAGGAGUCCUCUACUUCUUCCUCUUCCUCAGGAGCUAAGAAAGGCAAAGGAAAGCUCUGGAAAAGGGCCGGCAGCAGCAGCAGCCAAGGUGAGACGAAGAUCAACCAGGCCCGGGAGGACAUGGACGCUCAGCUCCUGGAGCAGCACAGCACCAACUCCUCAGAGUUCGAUUCCCCUUCGCUGAGCGGAAGCCUGCCUUCUGUGGCUGACUCGCACUGCAGCCACUUCUCAUCCGAAUUCAGCUGUUCCGACCCUGAAACUUCAAGACCACCUCCUCCCCCCUGCAGCGGCCCAGUGGACCCUAUUGUUCACCCCUCUACCACCCACACUAGGAUCACUGUUGCCCCAAUGCCUGAGGUGGAGCACGACCGGCUGGAGCAUCACCCGUCUCAGAUUGGCCAUGCUGCCCUUACCCGCCAAAUGUCAACGUCAUCAUCCCCCCCCACCUCGCCAGAGGGGAGCAGCAGUGGGACAUUCCUCUACAUCACUGAAGAGAGCAGAGGGGAGGUCAGAGACAUACAGCAAGACUCAGUUUCUGCUGAGCCGGAGCAGAAUAACCAGAAAGAGACCCACACCACUGCCACACAAUCUGUAAGCCCAAGUAAGAGGAGCUGUAUACAGACUGAUAUCUAAGAACAACCUCUACUUUGGCCCUGCUAGUGCUAGCACUUUUCAUGAUGCUAGCUCAGUUUGGCCUUAGCUUAUGUUGCUAACCUCACUCACAUUGAAGGUUAAAGGACAAUUCCAUUUUUUGUCUUAAUUGUGUAUACCAAUUAUAUCAUUUUACUCUCCAGCUUCAUUGUGGAGAUCUUGGACCAUGGGACCAUCAUUGGACUCAGCUUAACAUCAACGUCUUCUGAGGGGGGGGGGACCAAUCCUUAAACCUGUCCUCUUGAGUGUAAAAAAAAAAAACAAACCGGUUAGACUGUGUACAUAAUUCCCCAAUUCUCUUCUUCUUCUUUCGGCUUGUUCCCUGUUUCCCAGGGGUCGCCACCGCGGAUUCGAUAGUUUCCAUCGGUACCUUGAGAGGGCACAGCACUGUGGCGGUCUUGUCAAUCCACAUAAUGAUUUGCCAAAAUGUUACAUCGGAUGCCCUCCCUCACACAACCACUAUGAAUGGGGGGCACAGGUAAAGCGCUGGAUGCCAUCUCAGUAUUCAUGGACUUGCGCCCAUGCCUGUCGCCAUAGUAAUAUGCUUAAAUUCAACGGGUUGUCUCGUCUGAUCUGAGGUCAUAGUCGAAUGGUGGUUUCAAUUCUAUUACUUCUCAAUUGUGCCGGCAGGGUGGUUUACCAAUGGUUACUACUACCGACAAUAAGUAUAAGCUGUUCAUUCCUCCAAAUUGUACUAGGAAGUAGUACAGCAAUGUGAAUUAAAAUUGGUAAUGCCGGACAUUUUGUGGAAUAACUUUUAACUUAAACUUUUGCCUUCGCUUCUGAAUGCAUAGUUCAGAUAAUUGGGUUACAACGGAUUUGGUGAAACAUGUCAGCCAUUUGUAGUCCAUGUCCCUGUGAAACGCCUUUGUAAAGCUGUGUCCAGCGGUGGUCCUGAAUCCAAGAUGUCCACAAUGAAGCCGGUGAAUAAAAUGAUGUAACUGAUAUGCAUGAUGCCAAAACCUACAUAAAGAAGACUUGGGUUAUAAAAAAAAGAAACGAAAAGCCACCCGGGGCAUCCGGAUGGCUUAGCAGUCUAUUCCGUUGCCUACCAACACGGGGAUCGCCGGUUCAAAUCCCCGUGUUACCUCUGGCUUGGUCGGGCGUCCCUACAGACACGAUUGGCUGUGUCUGUGGAUGGGAAGCCAGAUGUGGGUAUGUGUCCUGGUCGCUGCACUAGCGCAUCCUCUGGUUGGUCGGGGCACCUGUUCUGCGGAUCCACAGAAGGGAUGGAGCAGUGAACUAGACGGCUCGGAAGUGUGGGGUAAUUGGCCAAGUGCAAUUGGGGAGAAAGGGGGGGGGUGGAAUUAUCCUUUAAGGCUUAAAGUUUUAGUCCAAUCCUUAGUCUGCUAUGGAGGCAAGAAUGUUAAGUGAAUGUCAGAGUCUGCAUAGUGACAGAGAGGGCCAAGGAAAAAGAGGAAUGUAGAUUGGUGAAUAAGAUAAACAGCACCCAGUAAGGUCAAAGCUGUUUGGCUGAUUCUGCUUUUUAAUGAUGAGGUCAGUUGUGUUCUGCGGACCCGAGGCCGCAGCCUAUUGGCUGAAGCGCCAGCUGGAGCAGUAAGGCCAGUAGUAGGUAGAGCUGAAUGUAUUUGGACAGGUGUAAUGGCAGGAUUAUUAGUAUGAUGUCAUAUUGAAAAAGGAAAAGUUAGCCUAUCAAGUUUUCACAAAAAGACCGUCUCCAAAGAAAACCCAAGAAAGCAUGUUUUUAAACCCGUACACCUCAUCUGAAUCUCACGUCAACCCAAAGGCAGUUCCCAAGUGUUUCCUGAUUCUCAAGGGAAGCAGAACCAGUAAGACUGAUGGAAAUAAAAACAGCAGUUUCUGUCGUGUCGUAAACAUUUAACUGCUAUCCUACUGGUUAUCCCUGUUCUAAUUUUCAGACAUAUGGUAAUGUAGUUUUAUUGGGGGGUUUUAUAUGAGAUGGUCAUCACUGUGGUCCACCGCUGUGCCACCUGGUUCGCUCUCUGGCUUUGUAAUAACACUGUAUACAGAACGGCAGCAGCAUUGAAAAGCCUUCUGACAGAAGUCUACACCCAAAAGAGGGACCAGUUUAAACGAAGUUUUAUUUUUACAUGAAUAUCUUUUCAAAAUAAUCAUUGUUACUUUGUGAUGAUGUGAUCCCCCCCCCCUUUUGUUUCUUUAUGGUGGUUUUAUUUUCCAUUUUGGGAAAGUCGGUUUUAUUGUUGAGGCCCCGUGUUGGGUCAAGGCUCAUAUUUUUAGUCCAACCUGUGGGUUGUGAGAUCAACAGCAAUCUCAGCGGGCUGAUCCCAGGUCAGCGUCUGGUAUUGAAUUGUAAAUUUAGUAUGAUAUAGUAGUGUAAUAUACAAUACAGAAUCCCAAUGAUUAGGGCUAUACAUUAAAGAAAAGAGGGUUUGUUGUUUUCAUUUAGCACCCACUUUGGACAAACAAAACAUGUCUCGGAAACGUGUGUAUGUACAUAUGCGUGUAUGUUCCUCUUCCUGUUGCAGUUCAUCAAUCUCCCUCACAGCAACUACUCUAGAAAAACACCGAAUACUGUUUGACUUUCAUUAAUACAGUUUUUCUGCCUAAAUAUUGUCAAAGGAGGAUUUAUCAGUCUGGGGUUGUAUUUGACAUGUAAAUGGACUGCGUAUAUAUAGCGCUUUUCUAGCUACAACAACCACUCAAAGCGCUUUACACUUCAUGAAUGCCUCACAUUUACCCACGCACGCACACACUUGCACACCGGCGGCGGUGUCAGCCAUGCAAGCUAACAACCAGCUCAUCGGGAGCAGUUAGGUGUCUUGCUCAAGGACACCUCGACAUUUUUGCAAGGAGGAGCCGAGGGUCAAACCGGCAAACCCUCUGGUUAACAAGACGACCUGCUCUACCUCCUGAGCCACCGUCGCCCCCUAUGUAUUCAGGUUUUCUAAAUAAUCUUGUAAGUGAUGGAUGCAAUAAACUUUAUAUCCAUUUGUUGGACUCGCAGUGCCUUUGGGGGAGGGGUGAGCUUGCUUUGUUGAUUUUUUUUUUUUUUGGUUGAUUUUCUCAUCCAGAUAUUGGGAAAUGAUAAACACAGUUUAUUUUCUGAUGGCUUUUAUGUUUAUGAAAGGCAUUGGCUUCAAGCCCAAUGCUAAAUACAACCCCAUCCCUGAGAACUGUGCGACCAAGCUAACCGAUCAACCACAUAGUCUGGUCUACCAAGGACAGUAAUGUGUAUUGUUUCUCUUCGUAUUUUGAAAUGAUACCUUUCAGUAAAACAUAUAUUUUGAUCAUCCCCCUUUUGAGACCACAAGGUCUUUCCAUUUGGCCCCAAAAACACAUCUGUUCCCCUUAAAAAAGCAUGUUGAUGCAAAACACUGGGCAACACUUGUCUGGACCUCAUACACCAAAUUGUAUUUACUUGGGUUUAAAGUUUUUUGUUUUGUUUCUUUACAAAUCACCUUGUUGAAAAUAUACCUUUACUGUUACCAAAGUCUGGAGAACUAGGAAAACUGAGCAAAUUUUUCUUACGUUCGCUCCAUUUUUCUUUCAUCUUAGCUGUAAUGCUUUCACAAGCAUUUAUUUAAAGGCACAGUAUGUAAGUACCUUCUUAAACAAAAAUAAUGCAUCCGUAGGAAUAGUGUAAAUAUGCUAAUCAAAGUCUCGCGCCCCCCCCCCAAAUCACAUUACCGAUUUAUUCUUAUCUUUAAAAAAAAUUUGAUGGCCCCCCCAAAAAAAAUCUGAAUUCAAACACAAUAGCAGGUCCCAGGUGGCCUCAGCAGCCAAUCAGAUUUCUUAGUUUGGUUGGCUCCAUAUUUAAUUGGCUGCUAAGGCGUGCAUUACCGCAUGGGACCUGCGGUUGUGUUUUAAUUCAGAUCAAAACACAAAAGAUUUUGUAGGGCCAUCAGAUUUUUUUAAAACACAAAAUUAGAUGGAUAACUUUUGUCAAGAAAACCAGUUCUGUGAUUAGCAUAUUUAUGCAAUUCUGAUUUUUUUUAUGUAAACUUUUAAGUAGGCAAACCUAAAAUAUUGCACCUUUAAUCCAAAUGUCAUGGGCCAACAUUUGACGCGUUAUACCAAAGCACCGAAGAGAUACUGGGUAUUUGAGGUAUUUGAAGCAUUUGAGUGCAUACAGCCGAUGCAUACAUAAUUAACCAGUGUAUGCAACAGCUAAAAAUCCCAGACCAAUGUUGGGGGGGGGGGCUGCUGAUGUAACAGCACAGUGUAACAUCAUACACUGCAAAUCACAGCCAUUAGGGCACUGUGACAUGUUAAAUGUUUUAACCAUGUUCUCUCCUAAGAGGCUCUCAGUGGGGAUGUGUACGUGCGUGUAUGAUAUACUUCCUGUUGGCAUGAGCAGUUCCAGUCGUUGGCUCGAUGGAGAGAGGAGGGUCAUUACCGGGAAAGCUGUGAGAGUUUACUCAUUAUAUAGUGAGCAUUUGCUCCUUAGAGGCAACUUGGAGCCCUGGGACAUGUAGCUGUCAAUAUACUUCACCAGCAAAUCCAACUCUGAAACGACGCAGGUUACCCCCACCCAGUUCUUGUUCACUCUGUUCUAUUUCUGUGAUAUAUGAAAUUAUUUUUUGAAGACUAAUGCCAGGAGUAUUCUCUAACGCUUUGAACACUUGGCGGCAUUUAACAUUUUGUCUCUUUAUAUUUUGGGUUGAUAAUAUGCCUGUAAUGUAAAUAUGAAGCAAUUGUAAUUGCUUUGUAUCGUGCAUGCAAAUGCAUAUCUUACAAUAAAAGUCUGAGUCA